UGUUUCCAUUAUAAUGUAUUGGACUCUUUUUGAUAUCCUUUAAUCUGUGAAAAUGUCCAUGGUCCAAGGACUCCCUCCCACCUACACGGAGUCCAAGUUACUAAAUAAAGGGGGAAAUGCAAGUUCAUCAGAUGUCCACAGUUCUGUGGAAUCUAUGGGAACUAUAACCAUACAAGAAAUUAAUGAUUCCCAGUAUGAAGAGGAGAAGAAAAAGAUAUAUGGACACCCCCUCUUUCCUCUGAUGGAACUCCUGUUUGUGAAAUGUGAACAGGCUUCCCAGACCUCAGACUGUCCAAGCUCUGAUAGUUUUGAUGUUGACAUUCAAACAUUUGUUCAGCGACAGGAAAAAGAAAGAAAAGCUUUCUUUAGUGACGAUUCAGAACUGGACAAUCUGAUGGUGAAAUCUAUACAAGUCUUAAGGAUUCAUUUAUUAGAACUUGAAAAAGUGAAUGAGUUGUGUAAGGAUUUCUGUAACAGAUACAUUAACUGCCUAAAAGGCAAACUUCAAAGUGAACAACUACUUCGUGUUGACACAGACUUUGAUGACUUCAGUGAACAUGGCUGCUCCCCACCCCUAAGUGGAGGUCAGGGGUCGGGAACAGCAGGAGUGGUGACCAGUACUGGAAUGGUGAUUCAGCAGCCAUCAGCUUCAAUGGCCACCCUGAAUCAGGUUUAUCAGAUGGUGCAGACCCCCCAAGGAUUGGUGGCACAGCCUAUUCAGAUACAAACCACACCAUUACAGGCUCCCAUAGUGUCCAGUUCUGUCAUCCAGGGGAAUCCCUCACUGAGUCAACUCGGACUAGUCAACAACCCUGCUGCUCAAUCAUCUGCCUUGGAUUCUGAUGAUGACGAUCCAUUAGGAAAGAAGAAAAGCAAACGGGGAGUACUGCCCAAACAAGCCACUCAGGUCAUGAAGUCGUGGCUUUUCCAACAUAUUGUGCACCCAUAUCCUACAGAAGAUGAAAAGAGACAAAUUGCAAGUCAAACAAAUCUAACAUUAUUACAAGUCAAUAAUUGGUUUAUAAAUGCCAGAAGAAGAAUUCUACAGCCAAUGUUAGAUGCCAGUAAUCCAGAACCUACAAAAAAGGCCAAGUCUAAACCCCAGAAUCGACCAUUACAGAGGUUCUGGCCAGAGAGUAUAGCCAACAUCCAGCCUCAGUUACCUACGGGGAUACAGGCCUCGGUCAAGUCUGAAGCAGCUACUUCUGUCACUGACACAAUACAGACACAGCCAAUCGUAAUACCUAUUGUAACAGUCCCGGCUCAUGGUGACCAAGAUGAUGGUCAAGAUGGAAAGGAGGUCCAGGAAAGUAUUUCAGUGACCAUUAACAGAGAGCCAACAGAUUCCUCAUCCAGUGAGGCGGAUCCACAUUGACAAGACAGUUUGGGAAGAGCUCUUAUGCUGCCAAAAGAUAAAGAGUUUUGCCCACCCAUGUGCUGGAGAGAAAUACAUGAAUUUAUUAAGCUGCUGACAUUGGGACAUUAAGCAUGAUGUGAAACACAAAAGGAAAUGCAUCUAUGAAAGCAGUGAUUUAAUUUUGAUUUCAAGUUUUUGUAAAUUUAUUUUUUAAAAAAUGCUUUUCAGUGACAAGUGUAAAUGUAAUACAAUGGAACUUGGAUCUUCCACAAUUUUGUUUUUAAUAUUAUAAAUUUAUGGCUUUAGACAUUUUACUUUUAAAAGUUAAUGUGAUUUAUCUGUCCAAUGGUUGAAUGCAGGUGGAAACAUACAGUGCAUGAUGUUUCUAGGUCUGUGCCAAAGUCCGAGGUCUUGUUUUAAAGAAUGUCUCCUCAAAGUUGUUAUUCUGCAAAGCAGAACAGAUAUUUGUGUAUGUAUUUCACAUAUUCAACUACAGAGUUGUGUGUCUGCCUGCUAUCAUUUUGAGUAAGAUACAGAAUGAGUAAUGGUAUAUCUGUCAUAAAAUGUAUAAAGACAGUAGGAUUGUCAAGGAUGUAAAAAGCUCACUUGCUUGUGUCUGUUGUAAAAACAAAAACAGGUUGUAAACAGUUUAGUAGUAUUUUGUUAAAGAUAUGUAAAUGGCUUUAGAGAAAGAAAAUGUAGAUUCUGUUCACAUUUCAUGUAUAUUAAAAAAUGCAACGAGAAUAUGGAAAAUGUUGAAAGCAUUUUCAAAAUAUAAAAUGCAUGUAAUUUAUCUUGCUUUCAGUUUAAGGAUUAAGCUUGUAUGUUCACAGUUAUUUGGGGGGUUAUUUUUUUAUGCUUUAAUAAGGAAACAAAAUCGACAUAUUUUGUUCCUCACUUUUGACUUGUUUAUGAAAUGCAAAUAUUAAAUAUUCAGGUUGUGUUAUGUUAAGAAAGUUGAAAUAUAAUGAUUUUUUCAUAUAUGUAUUAUGUGAAAUAGUCUUAAACUGUUACUGAUUGAGUGGAUCUAAUAUUUGUAUGAUGAAUGUCAGAUUUAGAACCAAUGUGUCUAAAUCAAAAGCAUUGUAAUUUGUAUAUUUGUUAUCAGCACAUCAUUGAAAGAAAAGAGCAUUUAAAUUUUACCAUUUGGUCAAUGUAUCAAACUUGUCAAACAGUAGCGAUAGCAUUCAUCAUUGUUUUAUGGCAUAGCAUGAAAAUGAGAUAAUUGAUCCUGUAGAGUCUAGUGUUGAAAGAAAAGAUUAAGAUUUGUAAAUACUAAUAGCGGUAGGUGGAUGGUUCCUUUGAACUCCCAAGCUUUGAUUGUGCGAUCUCUGGUGCUUAGCUUUGAUACACUGUAUAUUUUUUUUUUCCAUUUUGUACAUUUACGUACAUUGUUUUGUUAAAGAAGAAAGAGAGAUAAUAAAGAAAACA